AUGGCUGAAGACCUCAAGGUUUCCUUUUGGGCUGAUGAAAAUGUCCUAAGCCUCACCGAGGGGACAGCAUCUGUGGGCUCCGAGAAGCUCUUUGCCCCAGCAGCCGAUAAAGAGACUUCCCAGCAGUUCCGGCAGAGUCCUCGGGUCUUGCUGCUGGCCUGGGUCCCACAGCCAUGUGGCUGCAGGGGGGAUGGGCCCCUGGAGGACGUGAGGCCCGGCGCUGGGCGAGGAGGCCGAGGCCAAGGCCGGGGCGCCGCCCAAGGUCUCAGGCCUGGAGCGCAGCCGGGAGCUGAGCGCGGAGCCGCCGCCCUUCCUGCCUGCCGUGCGCAGCCCCGCACCCCCCGCCUGCCCCGCGCCGGACGCCCCGGCCAGCCCGCCGGUCAAGAAGGAAGCCCCCGCCCUGCCCCGCCUCACCCCGCAGCCGCCGCCAGCGCCCCCGCAGCCCCGCGCCCCGCUCCCGACGCACGUGCCUCUGCCCCUGGGCGCCUUCGCGGGCCCCGGGCAGGCCGCGCACAACGGCCUGCACAGCCUCAGGAGCAGCAGCGCCAGCAGCAGCGCCAGCCUCGGGCUCGCGAAGCACGCGUCCCUGUCGCCUCUCGGGCCGGGCCCCCACCUGUCUACCUCACACUUGGCGCUCCGCUCGCAGGCCCAGCACCAGCACCACGCGGCGGCCAUGUUCGCCGCCCCCCCGACACUGCCCCCGCCCCCGGCGCUGCCGGCCAACAGCCUGGUCAUCCCAGGACACCCUGCCGAUGCCAGCCUGUUGAUCUCAUUCAGCCAGCCAAUCAUGUAUUGCCAGCCUCAUUCGGGGAUUCUGAUUGGUACUUGGUCACAGGCACCUCUCUUACCUCCACCCUGGGGCCCGCACCUAGCGAGCGGCCACCACGGCUUGGCCUGCCGAAACCGGGAGUGCCAGAUCACGAGCUGCUCAGGCAAGAGCUGAACGCGCGUUUUCUGGUCCAGAGCGCUGAGCGGCCCGGCGCCCCCCUGGGCCCGGGGGCUCUGCUGCGGGCGGAGUUCCACCAGCACCAACACACACACCAGCACACACACCAGCACCAACACACAUUUGCCCCCUUCCCCGCGGGGCUGCCCCCGACGCCGCUCCUGCAGCCCGCCGCACCCCCGCCGUUUGACAAAUACGCGCCCAAGCUGGACAGCCCCUACUUCCGACAUUCCAACUUUUUCCCAUCCUUCUCUUCUGCCAUCCCCGGACUGCCCACCCUGCUCCCACACCCAGGCCCCUUUGGGUCCCUACAGGGUGCUUUUCAGCCCAAGACUUCAAACCCAAUCGAGGUAACGGGUCGAGCCAGUGCUGUUCACACCCUCCUCCAGAAAGCCCCCGGGGUGUCUGACCCGUACCGGACAGCAGUCAGGAAACCCGGCAAGUGGUGUGCCAUGCACGUGCAGAUCGCCUGGCAGAUCUAUCGCCAUCAGCAGAAGAUGAAGCAGGUGCAGCUGGAGCCCCACAAGCUGGAGGUGGGCGCCAAGCUGGACUUGUCCAGCAGACCCCCCGCCCCGGGCGUGUUUGCCGGAUUGCAGUACCCGCAGGAGCUGGCCCGGCCCCUCUUCUCCGGCUCGGGUGCGGCCCACCCCACCACCAACCCAUUCGGACCCUCGGCCCAUCCCGGCAGCUUCCUGACCUCUGGUCACCUGACAGACCCGUUCGGCAGGUCAGGCACCUUCGGGGGCCUGGGGAGCCUGGGCAGCAACGCCUUCGGAGGCCUGGGGAGCCACGCACUGACUCAGGGCAGCGGCAUCUUCGCCCCCAAGGAGAGCUCCGCACUGCACGGCCUGCCCAGCCCCCACGAGGCCUGGAACCGGCUGCACCGGGCGCCUCCCUCCUUCCCCACACCGCCCCCAUGGCCUAAGCCUGUGGACCCCGAUCGGGUCUCAGCCCUGACCAACCACGACCGGGAGCCAGACAAGGGCAGGGAGGAGCGGGAGCGGGACCUCCUGGAGAAGACGCGCCUGCUGAGCCGGGCCUCGCCCGCAGCUCCGGCGGGCUACCCGGUCAGCAGCUUCCUGCUCCGCGGCCAGGGCGAGCCGUGCCGGCCCGGGGUCCCUGCCGAGCGCGAGGCCGAGCCCCGCGUCAAGGAGAGCCGCUCACCGGCCAGGGAGGACGGCGCCAAGCCGGCCGCGCGCCCGCCGUCUCCCUACAGCAAGGCGGCCCUGGGCGACAGCCUGCGCCUGGCCGGCCUCCUGGGCCGAGAGCCGGGGAAGCCGCCCGAGGCGCCGGCCGAGCGGCCCCAGGGCGACGUGAAAGUCAAGGAGGAACGCAGGGAAGACGGCGACGCGCCCGAGCCCCCCGGGGCCGGCCCGCACCCCGCGCCCGAGCGCGCGCGCGCCGCCCCCGGGCGCCUGGCCCGAGGCUGCUGGUCCGCGUUCUGGGACUACGAGACGCCCAAGGUGAUCGUGGUGAAGAACCGGCGCCUGGGCGUCGUGUACCGCUCGGUGCAGCUCCUCAUCCUGCUCUACUUCGUGUGGUACGUGUUCAUCGUGCAGAAGAGCUACCAGGACAGCGAGACGGGCCCCGAGAGCUCCGUCAUUACCAAGGUCAAGGGCAUCACCUUCUCCGAGCGCAAAGUGUGGGACGUGGAGGAGUACGUGAAGCCCCCCGAGGGAGGCAGCGUGUUCAGCAUCAUCACCAGGAUCGAGGUCACACCCUCGCAGACCCUCGGAGCCUGCCCGGAGAGCGUGAGGGUUAGCAACGCCUCCUGUGACACGGACGAGGACUGCGUAGCGGAACAGCUGGACAUGCUGGGAAGCGGCCUGCGGACUGGGCGCUGCGUACCCUACUACCAAGGGUCGGCCAAGACCUGCGAGGUGUGGGGCUGGUGCCCGGUGGAAGACGGGGCGUCGGUCAGCCAAUUUCUCGGCAAGAUGGCUCCGAAUUUCACCAUCCUCAUCAAGAACAGCAUCCACUACCCUAAAUUCCAGUUCUCCAAAGGCAACAUCGAGCACCGGAAGGACGGCUACCUGAAACGCUGCACAUUCAAUGAGGUCUCCGACCCCUACUGUCCCAUUUUCAAGCUGGGCUUCAUUGUGGAACAGGCAGGGGAAAACUUCACGGAGCUCGCACACACGGGUGGUGUCAUCGGGGUCAUUAUCAACUGGGACUGUGACCUGGACCUGUCAGCGUCAAAGUGCAACCCCAAGUAUUCUUUCCGGAGGCUUGACCCCAAGCACGUCCCAGCCUCGUCUGGCUACAACUUCAGGUUUGCCAAGUAUUACAAGGUAAACGGCAGCGCCACCCGCACGCUCAUCAAGGCCUAUGGGAUCCGCAUCGACGUCAUUGUGCAUGGACAGGCAGGGAAGUUCAGCCUGAUUCCCACCAUCAUUAAUCUGGCCACAGCACUGACCUCCAUCGGGGUGGGCUCCUUCCUGUGUGACUGGAUCUUGCUGACGUUCAUGAACAAAAACAAGGUGUACAGCCAUAAGAAAUUCGACAAGAUGGCCGACACCCCUGAGCAGACUGUGGGACCAGAGUUGUGUGCCUCCGAGCCUUCCCGGCAGGACUCCACACUCACGGACCCCCGAGGUUUGGCCCAGCUCUGAGCCCACCACAUGCCUUCCAUCAUGCUGUGUCCAAGGCGGGCCUGAUGGGGUCCUGAAGUCUGGUCCCGAGACCAAGCCACCAGCUCCCCUGGGCCCUGCCCAUGCACCUCAACACGCUCUGAGAAGCUGGGAACGAAAAGACCCCCCGCGCAACCGGGCAGCGGGCGGGCACGAAGUGGGUGUCACCGGAUCCUGGCUGGCCCCCCAAUGUCCCCGGGGCCUGGAGGAAGGGGUAAACUCCUGCCGCCUCCUCCUCCCUAGCUGACCUCCUCACAAACUUCUCACCCCUCCCCACCCAGACCCUUUGCUUGCUUCAUAGCCAAGAAGUCACAUACCCAGAGUCCAAUAAACCUGUGUCCAGAA